CCAGUAACCAUUCCAUUACUUCUAUUUCAUCUGGGCGAAACAUCCAGGAUGGUGCUCAACGGAAAGUCUUUGCAGAUGGCCCAGCUUCUGCUGGUCGUCUUGCCUGCGUUCGUACUCUUUGGAUACAACCAGUCAGGAGUGGGAGGUCUCCUAAGUUUGGAAGACUGGACCAAAACCUUUCCGCAGAUCGACACCGUACACGCUAAAGGAGCCGAGAAGAGCCAUAAAUCUACCAUACAAGGAGCGGUGGUGUCGACGUUCACCAUUGGCGCGCUAUUUGGCGCGCUGCUGACGACCUGGAUUGGGGACGUUCUCGGACGACGCAAGAUUGUCUUCGCCUCUGCUGUGUUUACGCUUGUCGGCGAAAUACUUCAAUGCACUUCUUUCCACAUCGCACAGUUCAUUGUGGGGAGAUUCAUCCUAGGAUUUGGAAUCGGGGCUCUGAGCGCCACAGUCCCUGUCUGGCAGUCCGAAUGCUCUUCGUCCAAGAACCGUGGCAAGCAUGUUGUACUUGACGGUUGCUUCAUCAGUUUGGGAUACCUUCUGGAAGCCUGGAUUAACCUCGGAUUCUUUGAGCAAAACAACCUGCCCCUACAAUGGCGUAUACCUCUUGCGAUCCCCUGCUUGAUCUCUCUGGUGCCAAUCGCCACGACUUUCCUCAUCCCCGAAUCGCCUCGAUGGUUGGUCAACAAAGGCCGCGUGGAGGAAGCCCGUGCCAGCUUGUCACGAUUCCGUGGCUUGGACCUUGAACACCCAGAUGUCACGGCAGAGAUCAGCGGCAUUGAACUGGCUCUAGAGGAGACUGGUCGUAGUGCGGCAAAGAUGAGCGAUAUCUUUACCAACGGCAAAGAUAAGCUUUUCUAUCGAUUCUCUCUUUGCAUCUUCCUGCAAUUCUUGCAGCAGAUGUGCGGAAGCAAUUUGAUUUCCACAUACUCUACCAUCAUCUUCCAACAAGGCCUUGGUAUGAACAGCGAAACCUCGCGCGCGCUCUCUGGUGGUGCACUUACGUGGAAGUUCCUUUCAUGCUUUGUCGCCUUCUUUACCAUUGACCGUUUUGGACGUCGCAAGUUGUUCAUGUUCAGCGGUGCCGGUAUGGCAUCCUGUAUGCUUGCCCUCGCAGUGGCUUCCAGCUAUCCCAAGUCUAACCAGGCCGCACAAAUUGUCUCGGCAUUAUUUGUGUUCCUCUUCAAUUUCUUCAUCCCCAUCGGUUUCUUGGGUGCCAAUUUCCUAUACUGCACCGAGGUCGCGCCGACGAGGCUCCGAGUCGCCAUGGCUGGUAUUUCCACUGCAAACCACUGGCUCUUCAACUUCGUGGUAAACAUGGUUACGCCGGUAGCUAUUGAAACCAUAGGCUGGAGGUACUACAUCCUCUACUUGGUGAUUUCUGCAAUCAUCAUUCCUGUUGUAUUCUUCUUCUACCCAGAGACGAUGGGACGAAGCUUGGAAGAGCUCGAGGCUAUGUUCGUCGAAUCCAAGUCUAUCUUUGGCGUCGUUCAUCAAUCGAGGAAGCCGAUCCAGGGAGGCUUUCUGCCCGAGCUUGGGAUGGGCAAAGACGAGAAGGAGUAUGAGGAGGAGGAGUAUGCCGCAUGA